ACCCUGGAACCAAGCCAACAAUGCGCAAUUAGCCGUCUGUGCCGUAAAUCAAACUGGUCGGCCACAAUGGGAAAUCAAUCAAUCGACAGCGACAUCAACAUCGACCCGUUCGUCGGACUAGACUUAGUCAAGAAUUAUUAUUUAGCUGGCAAUCAAAUAUGUUGUCAUCUCCGGAUCGUGACCAGGUCCCAGUCCGUAGACCAAAGCCCUUGCCUUCUUGGGCUUCCGCUUGCCCAACACGUCUCGCGUGCAUUCACCUCCAAUGGGCAGAGCAUAAAUAUUAAACGAUGUGGAUACGAAAACAAUCGCGGGGAGAAGGAGACAAUGGCGGUGCCACCCACUUUUGGCCAGAGAUGGCGAGACGUCGUCGAUUGGGAAAAUCUUUUGCAUGCUUCAUUCAACAAUGUUGCCCCCGGCGUUGCUUCAUUCAUGACUUGGGAACUCGGAGCAGCAACAGCAACAGCCGCAGCAGACUGCAAUUGCGAUUUGCAAUUGCCACUGCGGUCAAGGUCGUCCUUCAUUGUUUGGGCACGGCACUAGGUACUGGGUAGCAAGUACCCCCGGCAGACGGAAGUGAUCAAGAAUAAUGGAAUGCGGAGACCGAGUCGUCUACCCAAAUGGCUAUCAUAGUGUUUUAAAGUUUUAGUAUAUUAAGCAAAAGCUGUGCUCCUCUGAAUAAAAGAUCUCGUGAAAGACCUAGUUUCACGCCCAUUAAAACUAAUGACCAUCGAGCUGGUCACCGAGCCUUGGCCCAAUAUACCCCUUAAGCCAGAGGUCUCCACAAAAGUCGUGCACUUUGGAUAUUCUUUCGAUAAGAGCUUGCAUUGGAAAUGAUCUGGCAGAGAUCUCAGCUGUCUGGAAGCUUAAUUAAAAUGCCAAAACGCUGCCAAACGUGCAAUUGUUCGUAAUUUGUGUAUAAUGCUGGCGCAUGUGCGAUUCCCACGGGGCCAGUGGCAUCCUAGCAUUUGGCCAGCUUCUGAACGAGCUUAGGUAAUAGUGCCCCUUCUGGGGGCUGCAGGCCAUUUGAUCUGGCAGUGAAAGUGUUAUACGAUAUGCCUACCGUGUACGAGAGGGGCACUUGGUGAUUGUGGAACGCGUCGAGGGUCUCGUGUUGCACGCUGCUUGUGGAUCGCGUUGCUGCCCCACUUCGGUUACCCAACGAGCCUGGGAUCUUAGAAUUUCGACUGCGCUGGCAAUUAUAGCCGAUAUCGUUAGUUUCCACGCCCACUCCACCUCACUUCCCCCACUGCAAUCCUCCGCCUAGUCCUCCUCCGCCGGAUGAGCGGAUGGAUGACCUUUUGGCUCCGCAGCAUAAACAAUAUUCGGUUUCAAGUCCUCAACCCGUCAUGCAUUCAAUUCAGCUGCAACAAUCGCUGCUGCUGCUGCUGCUGCCGCCGUUAUUGUCAGUUUGCAUAAUUGCAACUGUAGCAGCAACUGGCAACAAUAAGCUAAGCCGGGUGACUAUAAAAGCGCCGGGCCACUGGCAGCCAUCAACAAACCUCGCCUGGCGCCCAACCCAUCAAGUCAACCAGCCAACAGCCACCAGCAACAUCUGCAGCAGCAACAUGAAGUUCUUGUGCGUGUUCGUCAUCCUGUCCAUUUGCUUCAUGAGCACCUGGGCAGCAGUUUCGGAGCCCGCACCUGAAGCCCUGGAGGCGGAGCCAUCCGCCGUGGAUGAGAAGAAGACAGAGAAGAGAGGCAUUUACGGGUUCGGCCACGGCUAUGGCGGAUACGGCGGAUACGGUGCCUAUGGACACGGUCACUACGGCGGCUACGGCGGACUGAGCAGUCCCUACUACGGCGGCUAUGGAUACGUCCAUGCGGCGCCCUACUACGGCGGACACCACGGCUACUAUCCGUACCACCAUGGCCACUACGGCUUCUACUAGGACCACCACCUAUCCCCAUGAUCGUAAUGCAUACUGCUUUUUUUUUCUCGAUCGCUCCAUGCUCAUCACUGCACCAUCAUUUGUAUAUGUACAUAUAUGUACUGGUUUUCCCCAAUCAUUCACCGCAAUAUAAAUGUACUGCAAAUAUCUAAUACAUA